AUGGUCAACGUAAAAGUCGAAUUUUUGGGUGGUCUCGAUGCUAUAUUCGAAAAGCAGAGGACAUAUAAGCUCAAUGUUGAAGGUCCAGAUGGGUCAACUGUGACUGUUGGAGAUCUGAUUGACUAUAUUGUCCAGAACAUGAUAAAAAACGAUAAAGAUAAGGAAGUUUUCAUCGAGAACGAUACUAUUAGGCCAGGAAUUCUAACUCUUAUUAACGACACUGACUGGGAGUUGGAAGGUGAAAAAGAGUACGUUUUGGAAGAUGGCGAUAUAGUUUCGUUUACUUCCACGUUGCAUGGUGGCUAG